AUGGCUACCCAAGAAGUUCCUUCGUUCAAGCUUACCUACGUCAAGAGACACUUGACUGGUGAAUUCGAAAAGAAGUACAUCGCCACCUUGGGUGUCGAAGUGCACCCUCUCGGCUUCGACACCAACUUCGGUAAGAUCAACUUCGAUGUGUGGGACACUGCCGGUCAAGAAAAGUUCGGUGGUUUGAGAGACGGUUACUACAUCAACGGUCAAUGUGGUAUCAUCAUGUUCGACGUCACCUCGAGAAUCACCUACAAGAACGUGCCCAAUUGGUACAGAGACUUGGUGAGAGUGUGUGAAAACAUCCCCAUCGUGUUGUGCGGUAACAAGGUCGACGUCAAGGAAAGAAAGGUCAAGCCCAAGACCAUCACCUUCCACAGAAAGAAGAACUUGCAAUACUACGACAUCUCGGCCAAGUCGAACUACCAGUUCGAAAAGCCCUUCUUGUGGUUGGCGAGAAAGUUGUCGGGUAACCCUUCGUUGGAAUUCAUCGAAGCCCCCGCCUUGGCUCCUCCCGAAGUCCAAGUCGACGCCGACUUGAUGGAGCAAUACCAAAAGGACAUGGACCAAGCCGCCAACUUGCCCUUGCCCGAUGAUGAUGACGAUUUGUAA